GCGGCGCUGAGUGGCGGCGGCUUCGGCUUCGGCCAUUUGGAAUAUUACGCUCUGGGGAAGCUUUGAGCGUUUCGAAAUCUGCUCGUACGGAGUUCUGUAGGAGUUCCGGAAGGGUUCCUGUGGGGAUCCCGGAGUGCCGCCGGGCGGUGAUGGUGGUGGGAAGAGGAGUGAGAAGGGAACGCGCAGCUGUUCGUGGAGUUACCGCAGGAAGGUUAAGUGCGAGUUGAAAUAUGCACAGUAAAGCGAUCGUGUUCACGUGGGCAUCUCUGCGGCGUUGCGUCAGUACGAGGAUUUGUGGCUGGACUGCUCCUUAUAAACACGAUCGGCUGGUUUUAAGAGUGACUUCCUGAUGCUGGGAGUCUCUUCCUGUAGAUUUUUUUUUUUAUCUGCUUAAUUUCUCGGAGCUAAAAACAAGUGAGCAUCCACGCCUGAUAUUUGUGACUGCACCUUUUACUCCCCUGGCGCUACACUAUGUUAUGUUAACGCUGCAUCAGCAAUUGCAUUGGAAUGUAAUUUACAGGAUGCCAACUGUUGAAGAUCUGAGUAGUGAACAAAACUUCAUUGCACACUGGAUGUCCAGUAAUUCCCGUGCUGGUGUCUUAUUAGAUCCUCAUUUUACUGGAUUAAAAAUCACCACAGAAAGUCUGUUACCUGGACCUGAAAACAUCACGGCUUUCCCUGGUGAAGUGCAGAAUCUCUUAGACAGCUGUUCUGUAAGUGAGGACUCCUUAAGUGAAGAGCAAUUGCUUGAGUCUGGCAGCUCCUGUGCACUUCAGCAAAACAGCACUGAAAUGUCUUUUCCAGCAACAGCAUAUAAUGUAGGAAGCUCUAAAGCAGACUUCGGCCACAGUGAAAAGGAUGCUCAGAAUAAAUCUGAUUGCAAUGAUCCUCUCUUACAAAAGCUUGAACAGCUGAAGGAAUUGCAACAACAGAAACAGGAACAGCUAAAGAAACAACAGAUGGAGCAACUUCAAAGGCUAAUGGAAGAACAGCAGAAGUUACUUAGCAUGGUAUCUGGUCAGACAGCAGUUCUUGGAAAAAGCAUGAGGUGUCCAGAACAAAAGAUGGAAAAAUUAACAGAGACUGAAGAUCCACCCAUGGAUCCUUUUAGUGCGGAACUCUCUGAGAACAGAGGAAAACAGUUAUGGGUGACUAAUGCAGAGGAAAGACCUAUUAAAGCUGCGAUUCAGGAGAAGAAACAGACCUUUGAGGAAUUUGUGGAAGAACAGAUGCAAAUAGAAGAGCAGCGUCUGAAGCAAAAACAGAAGUUACAGGAGACAUAUGGAUCAGCCAUUCAAAAACCUGUGAUCAAACGACCCUUCCUAAAAAGAGGAGAAGGCUUAACAAGGUUUACUAAUGCCAGAUCUCAGAUAACAAAAUUUCGGGAAAACAUGCUGAAGCCUCCACAGAGGGCUUCAGAUGACAGAAAUGUGAGAGUGGACAGAUCACAAAUGCAAAAGAAAAGUCUGCCUUCUGGCAAAGAACUGGUUUCUGAGAGCUCUCUUACACCAUGUAAAAAAAAUAACCAGCCUGACAAAGCCAAACGUCCUCUUCAGAAGACCCUGGUACUCAGAAAUUACAAUGGAAAAAAUUCCUUGCCACUGGAAACAAGAAUGCAACCAGGAAAAAAUCUUAAUGGACAGAUUAAGGUUUCUUUUUCGCCUGAAGUCAAUAAAAUAAACAAUAAAAUAGAAAAUAAAGAGAAUGUAGUGGAAUUUACUAAGUCUAGCACUGGCAGCAAAAUCAGAAACAAAUUACCUUACACAGAAAAGCCUCCAUUAUCUUGUGAGAUGGCUGAUGCCUUUUCUAAUUCUAACUGUUCUGUGACUCACUCUAUAAAGGAUUCAGAACUGUCUUUUGAAGUUUCAUUUCAGAAUAAGUUGGAAAACUGGGAAAAAGAAAAGGAAAAAGAAAACCUGGAAUUAGAUGAAUUUUUGUUUCUAGAACAGGCUGCAGAUGAAAUAUCUUUCUCAAGUAAUUCUUCAUUUGUGCAAAGGAUCUUAGAUAGAGAUCAGCAAACUUCACAAGGACGCAGAAUGUCCUCUACCCCUAUCAAGGCAAAACAGCAGCAAGUAAAGGAAUUUGUUAACAAGAAAAAGGCAGAAUGUGUGGCUGUGGGAAAUAAAAAUGAUAAAGCAGUUAAUCAUGCGAUGUCAAAUUCAGAAACAGCUUCUAGACUAAAGGAUCCACUGAAUAAAGCAGAUAGUGUAACGUUUUCAGCUUCUUUCAUGACAGCAGCUCCUGCUUUAAAAAGUACUCAGUGGAUUGUGAAUGAAGACAAAGAUGAAGAAAAUGGUAACAGUACUACAGAUUCUGAGCAAGAAUUUGAGACCACUUUAAAAUAUGAAAAUGAAGAUGUUAAGACAUCCUUUAUGAGCCAUAGAGAAAGCGAUCCAGAAUUGUUAGAUUAUAGAAGUUCUGCUACAGAUAUUAGCAAAGAAAGCAAAAAUGGAAGUGCCAACCUUGACUCGUCAGACAAAGAUGCACAGUCAAACCAAAAGGUUAGAAAAGCUUCAGACCACCAAAGAAGCAUGUCUUGUGUAAACAGGAAUAAGUUUGAGUUUGAUGAUGAGAGAACAUGGAGUGAUCUUGAUGAAAAUUAUGUUCAUGAUGGUUUACCUGAAAUAUACACUACAAUGACCUCACAGACUGAUUUUUUCAGUAAGAAUGAUACACCUUUCCCAGAUAGAGCAUUAAAGAGAAAAGUUGCCUCAAAGAGGGGGGAAGAACUGUCUAAACAGCCUGCAGUGGACAGCGAUUCAAAUGGACCUCCAUCAGACCUGAUGGUGAAACUGUUUCCCUCACUGAGACCAAAACAGAAGACAGGCUGUGAUCCAGAGCAUGAAAUCAAAUCAAAUGUGGAACAGGAGUCAGGAGGAGCCACUGUUCCAUCCCAGACACUGAGAGAGAAACUCAUUGAAUUGGAAAUGGAAAUUGAGCGAUUCAGAGCUGAAAACACAAUUCUAACUAAACUCCGUGAAGAAAGAGAGCAUGCCUUGGCAAGCAUCAGGAAAGAAAUUGCAGACUUUCAACAGCAGAAAUCCCAAGAACUUGCUGAAAUAGAGGAAUAUAGAAAAAAAGAAAUGAAAAAACUGCAAAAGGAACGUAAAGUUUUUGAAAAGUAUACCAUAGAAGCUAGAGCAAUUCCAGACAAAAAAGAACGUGAUGAAAUUCAGGCUUUAAAACAGCAGAUUGCAGAGUUACAGGAAGAUUUCAAACGGAAAGAAGCAAAAUGGUCAACCACCCAUCGACGCCUGAAGGAUCAAAUAGAUGCUUUAGUAAAUGAGAACAUGGAGCUGAAAGAAGAAGUCAAAAUUAUGGAGAGGUUUCGGUUAGAAGCCUGGAAAAAAGUAGAAGCUGUUGGAAGCAAGAAGAAAGUGGAAAAUUCUGGGAUGACUUUAAAAAGAACAGAAUCUGUAUGUCCGCAAAAUAGAGGCCUGAAAAGUGAAACUGGAUCUCUGCUUCCUCCAGCUCAGAAGUGUGGCAAGAUAAAUGGCAGAGGUUAUUCAGAGGCAAAAGGAAAGCUUUCUAGAGGACCUGCAUCAGCACCUGCUAAGGACAACAGCAAGUCAGAGACAGUGACGACACUACAAGAUUCUUCUAAAACUGUUAUGGACACUUCUCCUGCUGAAGCUCUCGUGUCCGUGUCAGUACCAUCUGAACCUGUGCAUACAGACAGUGAAGAGAUACAGAGAGAAAUUGCUUAUCCUGAUGGAAGGGUUGAAAAGGUUUUGAAAAACGGCUGUCACCUCAUAUUUCUUCCUAAUGGGACGUGGAAAAAAGUGGGUUCUGAUGGGAAAACUGUAACAAUAACCUUCUUUAACGGAGAUGUAAAGCAGAUUAUGCCUGAUCAAACGGUGAUUUACUAUUAUGCUGAUGCGAAGACUACACAUACUACGUACCCUGAUGGCUUAGAGAUUUUGCAAUUUUCAAAUGGACAAAUAGAGAAACAUUAUCCUGAUGGCAAGAAAGAAAUUACGUUCCCUGAUCAAACUAUCAAAAGUUUAUUUACGGAUGGACAAGAAGAAAGCAUCUUUCCAGAUGGCACAAUUGUUCGCAUUCAGCGAGAUGGAAGCAAGACUAUAGAGUUCAAUAAUGGUCAGAGAGAACUACACACAUCACAGUUUAAGAGACGGGAGUAUCCAGAUGGGACUGUUAAGACGGUGUACUCAAAUGGACACCAGGAAACAAAGUAUGUCUCUGGGAGAAUAAGAGUAAAGGAUAAGGAUGGUAAUAUUCUCAUGGACACGAAGUUGUAAUUAGCACUGACUCUGUUAGUGCAACAGAAAUAAUGUACAUUCCUGUAAAUAAGAUGACAAAUGCCUUUAAUUGUAUGCUGUGUAUAUACUUACAGUUUUCUUUGAAAUAAACUUAUUUUUCA